CAGGGGAGACAAGUCAAAUCAUACGUUAGUAAUGGCGCUGGCAAUGCAUCGCCCUGUCUAAAAAAGUUCCUGAAUUGUUUUGCUAAGAAAAUACUAUUUGUUGAGGUCGUAGACUUAGUUUUACUUGGAAAUGUCGUCCCCAAAGCGAGACAGAGGGUCACCUAUGCGUAAAAGGCUCCCUGAUUUGGUUUCAACUAGACGUGACUUUUAUGACUAUCGUCCAACUGGUGAUAGAGGAAGAGGCAGGCGGCCAUACAUUCGACGACCCUAUGGAGGUCGCAGACCUAGGGGUAGAGCAAUGUUUCACCGAGGACCUAAUCGUUACUAUCAAGGACACCAACGUCGGGACAACAGCAGCUACAAACGAAGCAGCUACCAUCGUCGAUCUUCUAGCAGAAGUAGAAGUCGCUCAUAUGGGCACCAUCGAAGCCGAUCUCGCUCACGAUCCCAAGAAAUUGGGAGCCGGCAGCGUAGAUCUCGCUCAUCAUCAACCUCAUCAUCAUCGAGUCGGAAAUCAGACAGGGAUCAGAGCCGUAGAAAAUCACGCAGCAAGGACAUCCAACGGUCUAAGAUUCAAACACCCAACAAAGUAAAGUUGUCACAUUUGAGCAGGCAAGAAGGCUCAAACAGCCCUGACGCCAAUGUGCCUCUGAAGAAAAAACGUAUGGCUGGAACUGAGUCUCCAGAAGACUCAAGGAAACUGAAGGAAAAAGAAAUAGCCGAAGGGCAAGAUGUUACCACCCAUGGCAACACAAAAGUAAGAGGUGACAACGCUGACGAAGACUUCCCUCAGCAAUCAGGUCGGCGGGAUCGGCGAUACAGGUCAUGGUCAAGAAGCCAAUCUUCUUCCAUGUCUGACUCAAGGUCACGGUCUAGGUCUUCAUCUGUCAAUGAACCAGAUGCAAAUCCUGUUCAAGCUGAAAGCAAAGCAUCAAAGGAAACAUAUGCAGAGAAAAAGGUCUCCUCAUCAGUCAAAGGGAAGCUACCUGUUCCCCGAAAUCAGCUGCAUAAUCUUUUCAGUUUAAUUACUAAGGAUGCAGCUUUUUUGCUGGAGGAAGACAUCUCCAUUGCAAUUCAAAGAAAUCCCUUUGCAGAGCCUUCUGAUGAGUCGACUGUACGGAAGGUCUUUGAUGAAGAGCUGUUUGCUAUGAUUCGCAACACCGGGGAAGGACAGAAACCUAUAUUUGAUCGAGAAGAAAUCAAGAUAUUUGGACACGACAGCAAUUUGGCUGACGAUCCUGACUUUGAGAGGAGAGUCAUUCGACUAAAACCAGCAAAAUCAUCUACUCAGACAGAGGCUGGUUCAGGCUCUAACCUGGCUGGGAACCAGCGCUACAGGUCUUACUUAGGGAUCACCAGGGUGAUAUCCAGGGGCAAGGAGAAAUCAUCUUCACGCUCUUUAUCAAGGUCAAGAUCCAGAAGUCCUAGGCAUCGCAAAGAACCUGAAGUGAAAUUGAAGAUGUUGCCUGAUCCACGCUAUGAAGCCAAAUAUUCUGAGGGUCACAGGAAAAGUUACAGGUCAGACCUUGAUCCUGAUGACCUUGCUCAUAUGUUGGAGUCUUCCAGGAGUCGUCCAACUGACUUGAGGCAACAAGAGGAUCAGCCACGGGAGGAUAGGAGGAGGGGGAGCGUCGAGAAAGGGAGACAAUCCAAAGACUACAAGUCAGAAGGGAAAAAGGAAGGCGAAUCCUUACCAGAUUUUUCUCGAAGAAAGGAUUUCUGGGGUGGACCAUGCUGUUAUCCUAUUCUGUCCCACACAGACAAGUACCAGUAUGCAGAGUGGAUGGACAAGCCAGAGAUGAUUCCCAAGAACCCCAGUUAUUAUGAGCAUGACAACCGAGAUGAAUGGCAGCCUUUCAAGGACAGAGGGCGUGGCCGGGGGUUCAGAGGUCGUAUAAUCAACAGAAGGCCCUUCCGACCUUUCCGUGGUUACCGUGGGAAUUCACGUGGUGGGUUUGUUCGAGAUUCUAAUUCUGGAGGAGGAAGCAGGGGGGACUUACCUUCUACUGAUUACCAAGCGCAAAAGAGUGGAUCUUACAGUCAUCCGCGUCCUCGUUAUGAUGGUAAUAAUGAUGGUGAUUAAAGCAUCUUUAGCACAGACAGUAGCCCAGGAGGAGUGAAGGGGAAUGGAAGCAUGACAAGUUUGCGGAACUGGAAAAGGAUGACAAGCCGCAUAGAGAGGACGAACAGAGGCCUCAUAGUACCAGCGAACGUUGAGUUUCUGGUGAACGCAGGCAACCACUCAGUUUUUGGCAGAUGCCACCCCACUGAGUCUCUAUAGGCUAUUUCUAUUUUUGUGUUGCAAUUCAUUCAUUAAGUUUUCAAGAGGGUUGCAAAAGUUUUUCCUGAUGUUAAUUAUGGUUGCUUUUGAUUAUGUGAGGAUAUGUUAACACUUUGACUUAUAAACAAAAAUGGAUGUUUUUUACUAAAUGAAUAAUCAAGACUGCUGUGUUCAUUGCAAUGACAGUAUCUUGAAAAUCAUUUUCGUUUUUUGUUUGUUUGUUUUUAUUAUUAAGGAGAGUCUCAACAAUAAAUCAACAGCUGUCUAUUUUAUUUAGCUAUGUUCUUAGGUUAUGAGCAUAGUAGUCAUUAAUGUCGGCAUCAGACUGGUAAGGGCUGUUGCAGAAAAAAUACUUUGUGUUCUGUAUUUUGAUACGCCUCAUUAAGGUAUUUGGUAGAACACAGUUUCCACUCUGUUCGCAGAAUUUUUCUGCACAGGAGUCUUACACAGGCAAUGAGUCUAGUAAAUUUUAAAUGUUUUAUCUUGCAGGGUGGGUGCUACAGAGGAGAGGGGAUGAAUGUUCAGAUGCUGCAUAUCUAGUUGCAGGUUUAAAGGGAAAUGUGAGCGUGGAAAGCUGUGUAAUAAUUGCUUGCUAAGACGAAGAUUUUUAGCAGUUCCAUGCUGGCCCUUUCAUCAGACAUUCUAGUUCUUAGCUCAUUGCAUUUGUGUGUAUUUUAUGUUUACAAGGCGAGUGGAAAUGUUGUGACGUAGUUUGAUAAAAAAUAAGUAUUUUCUUCUUUCCCUUCCUUGUCACAUGAAAUGUGUAGUUAGUUGGAAGCUAUCGAAAGUGAUGAUUGGACGCAUUGCGGAUAAAAUGGUGGUCCACUUGGCGAUCUUGGUCCACUAAUCACUCUUGUAAUUUCCAAGUGAAUCAUUAAAUAAAUGUAGCUCUC